UGAGCAAAGAUUCCAACUCACAGUCAUAGGUUUCUGGAGCACCCAAGGUACACAGCGCGAGCUGAAAUACAGGAUCGAUGACUGUUGUAAAAAUGUUGUUUUUUUGGUCGGUCUGUGGUCAAAUUAAGAUAAGACUGCUAAAGUUAUAAUUAAAAUUCAAAUAACGUCGUUAUUUAGAUAAAAUACAGGGUGUUGUGUGUCAUUGUGCAUUAUGUCGGUUUCCAGGAAUCAUAUCGAUUAAUUGUAAUCAGUUGAGUUUACCUCCCUUUGAGCAACAAUGUCACAUAUUGAAAUCCGCCAGUUUAUGGUAUUGGUGAUCAGCCGGCGAUACAAGCUGUGUACGUGUUGACCCAGCACAGCUGACGCAUGCAUUCAUCACUGCAGCAUACAGGUCAAGUUUGCUGUUGGAACCACAUAGUAUUAGAUGCAUGCGUUUGUAACUUCGAUGAGACAUGGAGCAGGUUAAGGUAAAAGGAGGCAAGCAUACAGAGGUGAUACAUGAGUUUGAGAUCUGCAUUGAACGACCUAAGCCAAGUGCUAUUGAUGAGGUGAUAGACCUGCUGAAGAAGAUUCUCAAUUACUGCAUUUGUGUUAUGACAUGUGGUUGUGUGGCCUCAUACAGAUCUUCAAGUGGAAUAAAUGGUGAAGAAUAUGGAACACUGCUGUUAGACGAUGAAAGAGUAGCUGUUGAAAAUCUGCUUGCAUAUUUGGAAACAGACAACUGUAGUGAUCCAGUGGUGUCACCUCAGCAUCUACGGGCCCUCUCUAUUCUGACAUAUUCUGACAAUGAUGAUUUACAGCGAUCAGCAGCUCUUUGUUUUGCAGAGUUCAGUGAAAAGAUGUGUGGACCACUCGAGGCAGAAAUGGCUGUUCCUCUUGUCCAGCUGCUCACAUCAACUAAUGUACAAGUUCAGAGAGUGGCAAGUCAUGCUGUCAGCAAGUUCUCUGUGGCUCCAUUUGUGACAAACAAGGAGGUGUUGGCAUCUUGCGGUGUAUUCACUCCCUUGAGCAGACUCCUCUUCUCGAGUGACCCAGAGGUCCUGUGUAAUGCAUGUGGAUGUAUUGCUGCUCUGGCAACAGCAGAUUGUAGCCAGCAGCAGUUAAACAUGGACCAAGGCAUCAAAGCUCUCCUGUCCCUCCUGAAAUCUGCUCAUGUUCACGUCCAACACAAUGCUGCUGGAGCCAUUCUCAACCUCACUCGUUCUCAAUGUAAUCGUAGCAAGCUUGUAUCUCAGGGAGCACUACCAGUGUUGGUGGAGAUGCUACAUUCUUCUGAUGAAGAGAUCCAGUAUUAUUGUAUUGCUGCUCUCAGCAAUGUUGCCGUCCAUGAAAAACAUCGAGCUAUGAUGGUAGCUAUUGGCAAUCAUGAUGUUAUUCUGCAGCUGAUUAGUUUAUUGUACUCCAGACAAGAAAAGAUCAAGUGCCAAGCCUGCUUUGCUGUGCGUAAUUUGGCCUCCGAUGGCAUCCAGCAAGUACUGUUUGUGAGGUAUGGUAUCCUGGAAGCUCUGCACAAGGUGAUCAAGGCAACCUCCUGCAGCACACAGCCUACAGCUGCACAUAUGCUGGCUGCAGCACUCGGCUGUCUCAGGAAUCUGUCAAUACUAAAAGCAAACGAGCUUUCAAUUGUGAGUGAAGACUUCUUGCCUGAUAUGUGUUCAGUACUGCGUUGUGGUCACAACUGGGAGGCUCAAAGACAUGCAGCUGGAACCAUCAGGAACAUUGCUGUGGGUGAUCACAUACAGGCAGUUCUCGAGAGAGUGAAUGUUUAGAGGCAUUGUGCACGUGUCUUCUUGAUGUGAGGACAAAGUCAUCUGCACAUGCAGACAUCACAGCAGCAUUAGCUGUCCUGGCAGAUGAAGAUGCUGUGAAGUGCAAAUUGUUGUCACUAUGGAAUGGCAGGAUGUUUGGCCGUUUGGUAUCCUUGGCAUCACUCUCCAUCAUGAAAGAGGUGCAGUACAACAGUGCUGGUAUUGUAGGGCAACUGGCUUUACAUGGUAUACCAGAUGAUCUGAGGGAAACUAAUAAACUUGGUAUUGUGUUGUAUAUUGACAAGUUCCUCAAGUCAAAGGACCCAAACUUUCUUCACAUUGGUCUUUGGACACUCAGCCAGUUAUUGAAAGAUCCAGAAUUUGUAACUGCCUUCAAGGAGCACCACAUUGACCAUGUCAUUCGGAGGCUACUGACAUCAAGUCAUGCUCCUGCCAUACAAGACCUGGCCCAAGCAGUCCAGGACAGUCUGCUUGGAGUGCAACAAGAACAUCUGUCACUUACACCAUAGCCCAGCAUGUGCCACAUACUGCAUACAGACCAAAUGUGUCACAUACUGCAUAACGACCAGCAUGUGUCACAUACUGCAUACAGACCAACAUGUGUCACAUAUUCCAUA